ACCCCGCGCGUUUGUUUUUAUCCGAGGUCGGUGGAUCGUCAUUGCCUCUCGGAAAUGAUACAGCGGGGCUAGGAAAACAAAAAGUUGACAUCGGUUGCAACGGCAUUGCGACCAGUGCGCUGGGAGGAUGCGGGUGAUUGCUUCACAGUAAAUGGUCGAAAUGGACUGUCGAUCCUCGAAAAAUGGAGCUCCUUCGGGAUGUGUUGUGUUUUCACGCCCUACGGCAGACAUAUUGAUACUACGGCCAAAACGCCCGUACAGCAACUUUUUUAGUCCGUCCAUCUCUUCAUGUAUUGUGUCAAGGCGCCCCUUUAAUGUCUCAACCUCACCAUCAAUACUUUCUGUAGAUGCCUCCAGGAGCUCCAGGACUUCUGGCUGCGGCAAGGAGACGAAGCAAUCGCCAAUCUUGUAUCUAUAUGACUGGUUCAGCGGAUAUUGGGUGUCGCUGAAAGAGGAGGGGGACCGUUAG